AAUGCGCAGUCGAUCUCGCGACUUACGCGUGAUCGCGAUAACAAAUCUAUCUUUUUUUCAGUUGUAUUUUCCGUGCGUGAACUGCGCUACAUACAUUCGUAGGUUAGGAGGGAGAAAACGAGAAGAAGCAAAACAUAAAAAGUGAACUUUUGAACGGACGCAUUAUUCAGCAUUAUUAGCUCACACGAUCUGCGUAUUGUUUAUUCGGCGCCACGACGUGCGCAGUAGUGCGCGCGUGGCCGAGCGCGAGGUACAGUCCGUUUGGGUAGAGGUAAGCACAGAGUGUUCGUAGUUCAUUGUAGUUGCAUCGAGACUCCGAUGAUUAAUGUCACGGUCAGCUGUGCUGUUGUUCAGUGUGCGCUGCCCUCGUCAAGACACGCCGAACCGAGAGAUGUGCGAAAUUUGCUGAGGGACGUCGCACGCGCCCGUUUAUCGACGUAUUACAGGCGUAUUCGGCGCGCUUCGCCAAGAUGGUAGAGCCUAUCUUCGAUUACCAGUUUCGACUGAUACUGAUUGGCGACAGUACAGUCGGGAAGAGUUCUCUCCUCAAGUAUUUCACCGAUGGCAAGUUCGCGGAGCUUUCAGAUCCAACAGUUGGUGUAGACUUUUUUGCGAGGUUAAUAGAAGUUAAAGAUGGUACAAGGAUAAAAUUACAAUUAUGGGAUACAGCUGGUCAAGAAAGAUUUAGGUCAAUUACAAAAUCUUACUACAGGAAUUCUGUAGGAGCACUUCUUGUGUACGACGUUUGUAAUAGAGCAAGCUUUGAGCAUAUACCUCAAUGGAUGAUGGAAGCUCGCAGACAUAUUGAGCCGCAUCGCCCCGUUUUUGCUUUGGUAGGCUGUAAGUUAGAUUUAGUAACUAAUGGCGGUAGACGGGAAGUCUCGAAAGAAGAAGCCAGAGCAUUUGCUGAUGAACAUGGUGUACAUCAUAUUGAGACCAGUGCAAAAACUGGUAUAAAUGUUGAAGAAGCGUUUCGAACGGUUACUCAAGAAGUUUAUAACAGGAUACAAACUGGUGAAUACAAAGUAGAAGAUGGUUGGGAUGGCAUCAAAACUGGAUUUGCCAGGCCUGGUGGUUUAGAUUUUAAUCUAGUCGAGGCAGAACCAGCAAAGACUUCGUGUUGUUAAGUCGUUAUUUUGAUUAUAGCUUUUUGAUUCACUAAAACAAGUAAAAAACAAAAAAGAUUUAAGAGAAUGCAGAUAGAAGAGUUAUUUCAAAGAAAAUAUUGUGAAUAUAUAAUUUCAUUGAAAGUGAAUGUAUAUUGUCUUGUCAUUUACAUACUUAUAUGCUUCAGAUUGUAAAGUCAUUUAUUACAUUAAUAUAGAUUGCUCUAUUUGCAUAUUAUUUUAUCCUGUUACAUAGCCACAUGUUACAGACACAAAUUUUUUUAUUCAUAUGACAGAUAACUUUCUUCUGCAUUCUUGUUUUAGGGAAAAGACUAACAAUUGAAAAUUAUGUAUACAUCUGGGUUAGACAUUUUUGUAUAUAAAUAUAUAAAUAUCAAGCGACUAACAAAAUUCAUAGUUUCGUAUAGUAUAAUUAAAGAUUGUUAAAAGAAAGAAAACUUACAUUACAUAAAUACAAGCAUUCUAAAAGACGUGAUUCUUCAAUUAUGAAUUGAAAAGAUGUCAAUUCACUUUUAUGUCCCCCAAAAAAAAAACAUUUUUUAUCCCUUUUCAAUGAUAUACAUAUCUUGCUCAUUUUUUCAAGUUGUGCCAAGUUUAUACUCUAAAGUUAAACACUUUGAAAUGGUAGUAAUCAGAGUAGCCUUUCUUUUCUUUCAUUUAGAAAUAUCUAUUCGUACAAAUAGUAUAUGUUGCUACCAAUUUUAAUCCUUGCCUAUAGGCAUAUUUACAACUUACAUGUAUGAGUAAUAUUUUAAAGUUACAAAUAAUUUUCGAUUUGCUAAAACGUUUACGUAAUCGGAUUCUGUAAGCAAUAUUAGGUUUGUCGGAACGUUGAAUUUUUACAAUGAAUUAGAAGUGAAAUAUUGUACAAUUUUUAUCAGCUGUGUCAACUUUGUGAACACUACGAAUUUUGUUAGUUAUCUGAUACAUUAAUAAUAUAAUAUUGUAACAUAUAAGAGCGUUGAACUAGGAUUGUUUUUAACUAUUUUAAAGACAAAAUACAUGCAACAUUAUGCAAAGCAUUUUAAAUCUAUAAAAUUUUCAUAAUCGAGCUUUGAUGUAUUUUGCUAAACACAUCAAUAAUGUUAUUCAAUAAAAGGCAACGGCUGUGCAACGGCUUUGUUGAAAAUUCGUUUUCUUUAUGGGAUAAUAAACAUUUAUUUCCACAUCA